CCAGAAAGACGAACGGCAAGGUUGUUGUAUGUAUUACUGCCUCCCAAAAGUCAGCAACAAUGUCGUCGACGCCCUCUUCUCGCCGACGAGGCCACUCCUCACGCAACUCACAAUCUUCAACUCCAGCACAACAACCUCAAGCAACUCCAAGGAGUACCAGGCGAACCCCUAAUGGAGGCGCCGCAGUUGCAUCGUCUUCGCCUUUAUUUUUCCAAUCGUCGCCAGUGCGGUCAACGCCAGCACCUCCUUUUGCAAGCGAUGGCAUGAUUGUCAGCUCUCCACCAGCGCAGUCGUUGAAUGCUGGCGACCGUGAGAUCACGCCUCGAGCGUCCACAAGGCCUGCAGCAGAAUCAUCUCCUGUUCGAUAUGACCCCAGCUCAAGUCCGGCUCGUAACAACACUCGCGUACAGUCAGACGCUCCGACUAGUAGCAGCGGACUUUUUGUGCGUCAAGACCGACCGCCCCGUAUCUCUUCUCGAAGGGGUGAUAUCCAUUCCGACACGUUUGCGUCCUCUCCAGCCAACCGCCGCCGCAUCUAUAUCGGGGAAGAUGGGAUGCCUGUCCGCGAAGGUCAAGAUCCGGGCUCGGAGGCUACAUUUUCUAACCUCAAUCCUGACACAUCCGAAGCGGAUGUGAUGGGAGGCGAGUCCACAAGGGUAAUCUGGGGCACCAACAUCUCCAUUGUGGAUUCUAUGUCAUCAUUCAAGAAUUUCCUCUACAACUAUGCCAGAAAAUAUCGCAUGUGGGCGGACGGUGCUUCUGAAGAAGAGACACGAGCUCUUGGAGCAGCUGCUGACCAGAAAGAAUACAUCGAUAUGCUUGAAGACAUGCGAAAGCUCGGUGUAUAUGGCCUCAACCUCGAUGCGCGCAACUUGAAAGCAUAUCCUGCAACAAUGAAGCUCUGGCAUCAAUUACAAGCCUAUCCACAGGAAAUCAUUCCACUGAUGGAUCAGUGCAUUAAAGAUGUCAUGGUCGAACUUGCACAGAAAGAAAUGCAGGAAUUGCAACGAGCCCGAAAUGGUGCAACUGCAUCCAGAGCAAGAGAUGGGAGCUCCAUGCCACCUCUACCUUCAUCGGAUCUUGGAAGUGCUGCACCGACACCUGCUGCCACUCCCGCCGCUGACGAGAUCCCGGACCUGGUCGAGGAGGCCGAGAUUCGACCCUGGAAAGUUCUACCUUUUGGACUGGAUCAGACCGUCAACAUGCGCGAUCUUGAUCCGGCAGACAUUGACAAACUUAUAUCUGUCAAAGGCCUGGUUAUUCGAGCCACGCCAGUCAUCCCAGACAUGAAGGAAGCAUUCUUCAAAUGCACUGUUUGCAACCAUACCAUGUAUGUGUCUAUCGAUCGUGGCAAGAUUGCAGAACCAACAGAGUGCCCCCGAAAUGCUUGCAAAUCUAGAGACAGCAUGGACAUUGUCCAUAACCGAUGCGUCUUCGCGGAUAAGCAAGUCAUCAAGCUGCAAGAAACACCUGACUCGGUGCCAGACGGUCAGACACCCCACAGCGUGUCACUUUGCGUAUACGACGAAUUGGUAGAUGUAUGCAAGGCUGGUGACCGGAUUGAAGUCACGGGUAUCUUUAGAGGCAACCCUGUCCGUGUUAAUCCUCGACAACGGACAGUCAAGGCAUUGUUCAAGACAUAUGUCGAUGUGCUCCACGUUCAAAAGGUUGACAAGCGAAAACUCGGCAUUGAUGCUUCUACCAUCGAGCAGGAACUCUCUGAACAGGUAGCGGGUGAUGCUGAACAGACGCGAAAGAUCACAGCUGAGGAAGAAGCCAAGAUCCAGGAAAUUGCAGGUCGUGAGGACGUCUACGACAUACUCUCGAGGAGUUUGGCUCCAAGCAUCUACGAGCUUGACGAUGUCAAGAAAGGCAUACUUCUGCAACUUUUUGGCGGUACAAACAAGUCCUUCGAAAAGGGUGGCAGUCCCAAAUACAGAGGCGACAUCAACGUUCUGCUUUGCGGUGAUCCUUCAACAUCCAAGUCACAGCUUCUGCAAUACGUCCACAAGAUCGCACCAAGAGGUGUUUACACGUCAGGCAAGGGUUCGUCCGCGGUAGGUCUGACAGCGUACGUGACUCGUGAUCCCGAGUCGAGACAGCUCGUACUAGAAUCAGGAGCCUUGGUCCUUUCAGACGGAGGUGUCUGCUGCAUCGACGAGUUCGACAAGAUGAACGACUCCACUCGCUCUGUGCUGCACGAAGUCAUGGAACAGCAGACCGUGUCCAUUGCCAAAGCAGGUAUCAUCACAACUCUGAACGCAAGAACGAGCAUACUGGCCUCAGCCAACCCCAUCGGCAGCAAGUACAAUCCCAACCUGCCCGUACCGCAGAACAUCGAUCUUCCCCCUACGCUACUCUCCAGAUUCGACCUCGUCUACCUCGUGCUGGACCGCAUCGACGAAGUCAACGAUCGACGACUAGCCAAGCAUUUGGUCGGAAUGUAUCUUGAAGACAUGCCCGAAAACGCUUCCCGGGAGGAAGUCCUGCCCGUCGAGUUCCUCACAGCCUACAUCUCCUAUGCCCGACAGAACAUCCACCCUCAGUUGACACCACAAGCCUCAAAAUCCUUAGUCGAGGCGUACAUCCAGAUGCGCUCCCUCGGGUCCUCAAUCCAGGCCUCGGACCGUCGCAUUACGGCGACAACCCGACAACUCGAGUCGAUGAUCCGUCUCAGCGAAGCGCACGCGAAAAUGCGUCUUUCGCACACCGUCACGGAUGCAGACGUCGCUGAAGCCGUUCGCCUGAUCAAGUCCGCUAUCAAAGCGUCUGCGACAGAUGCCCGCACCGGCCUGAUUGAUAUGGGACUGCUCUCUGAGGGCGGCAGUGCCAGCGACAGACGGCGAAAAGAGGAUCUCAAGCGCGCUGUUCUGGCUGCUGUGGAUGACGACACAGGUGUGCGUAGUGGUGGCGCCGCACGGUAUGCUGAUUUGUACCGCCGCGUCAGUGAAGGAAGCACCAUUGAAAUUGAGGGUAGUGAGUUCCAGGAGGUCUUGCGGAGUCUGGAGCAAGAAGGGAAGAUCCAGGUCACUGGUGAGGGUGGACGAAGGAGCGUACGGCGUGUCACGGGUGUUUAGACUGUCUUUUCAUGGGCACGAAUGGCAACGACUCUUGGGCGACUUAUGUAAAUCAGUACGAGAGAUGGAGUUCACGAAUCGGUCCUCAAGGGUAGGGUAGGCGUUUAGUACGGUAUGGUCAUGCCUGGGACGGAAUGCGUACAUUACUACUUUACAACGGCAUGAAAGUCACAAUGAUCACAAUGAAGGUAUUGUUCCAGCAUAGAUUUAGAG